AUGGCGCCCUCCUUCACCUCACGCCCGCGCUCCGGCGAGUCUGGACGCCCCGUCAGCCCUGACGACGACAAUCUGGUCAUCCCCAAUCGCACUUCGUCGCUGCAUUCGCGCAUCACCCAGCCCGUCCCAGGAGCAAUGCCUCAGCCAAAGACGGGCACCCGCACCCCCAAGACAUUGACACACGCGUACAUGGUCUGUGGUGUGGGCAGAGAACCGUCGCAAUGGGUGAAAGCUCCUCCGCCAAUGCAGGGAAAGAUUGGACAUAUGAAGGGUGCGGUUGGACAAUUCUGGCUGCCGGAAAUCCUGGGGAGCAGCCCACGGCUUGAGCAGGACAAUGAGAUUGCGAGGUCACUUCAUUCUGCAAUGAGGGCUUGUUUCCCUCACGAUGUCGAAAUCUGCACUGGUACCACCCAACCCCACUGUGUCCACCACGCUUUUGUACUACAACAAGACUCCUCGCACACAUUGUAUGGCAUUGCCCUGCGAGUGUGGUCCCGCGCGGAUGAGAAGCGCGCAGAGACGAUCCGCGACCUUCGCAAGCGCACUGAAGCCGACUACUACGACCAGCCAAGCGAGACUUACUGGAUUCCAUACUGCCUGUCGUUCCUCUCGAGAUAUCCAUUAUACAACCUGCUGGGAGACUACUUGCGUGGAAUGUGGAUUCACUGGAACAAGGCCACCAACCUUUUCCACGCUGAGGAGGUAUCGCGAAUCCUCAGCUUCCCAGCACCUCGCCUCAAUGACCUGGUUCGCAUCGACAUGAAGGACUACGCACUGUGCUACCAGUUCCCAUCUUCGCCCAAUGGAUUCCAGAACUUCGCCAUGUGGCCCUUGUUCAGCUGUCUGUCAAUUCCAAACAUCGUUGGUGUUUUGGAAGCCGCAGUCUCACCAACACGGCGAAUCAUCUUCAUCUCGAACUACCCGGCUAUGCUUACCGUCGCUACCGAGACUGUUCGUUACAUGGUCCGCGUGUAUGAAUGGAGCGGUCUUUACGUACCAGUCGUCCACGCUCGCCAUGUCAAGGAAUUGGUCCAGGAACCCGGCCCAUACAUUCUUGGUGUCACUGCCGAAUGCCGAACACUCUUCACCGCGCCCCAAGAUGCACUCGUCGUUGACCUUGACCGCAACUUCGUUCUGACCUCGAGUCCACCCAGCGCAUGGAGCGCGAAGCAACGACAGAAGCUCAUCUCACGCAUGACACAAGCUCUCAAUGGUGACGUGGCUCCCACUGGAGUACCACAGCACCUGCGUUCGGCUUACGGCGGUGGUAAACUCAUCCCAGCUGGACGAAUCAUUGUUAUGCGCGGAGAGGUUGAAAGCGUGCAAGAUCCUGGGUGGUGGAAUCAAGACGAGAUCAUGAAGGUUAUGGAUCAUGCCUGUGAGAAACUGGGCAAGAACACCGGUGUCAAGGCCAUGUUUGGCGGAGCACAAAAGAAACCACUCAUGACCAAGGUGUCAAUGCGACACUUGAACGAGAUUGUUCGAGAGCGAAAUCAAUACUCUCGAGAUGCCAUGGAGGCGUGGCAAGACUUCAUCAACCUCAAAGGACGCAUGGAUACCGAGCUUACCAAGGUCACCAAGCGCAACAACUUCUUGGUCGAGGAAUUGGAGAGCUGGAAGCAGCAGUUCCUCAAGUUCCAGGCAUUUGCUGAGCAGCUUACAAAGGAGACCAACGAGCUCAAGAUCAAGAUUGAAGGCCACAAGCGCGAGAAUCGCCGCCUUACAUCUCUCAUCGACCAGCAGAAGGACGACACUGCACGACUUACCGUCCGCUUGUCCGGCACCGAGAAGCAGAGAGACGAUGCCUUGGAAGCGCUUGUACUUCAGCAGGAGAUCGCCGAAGAGCUUGAGCGCGAACGAAAGAGGAACAAGAAAGACCUCUCGGCGUUGCAGCACACCAAUGCAACCCUUCUCAGACAGCGUGACGAAGCCCAGCGGGUUGUCCUGCAUUUGCGUGCCUUGAUUGAUGGCCAAGCCCACCACAUGGAACACAUCGUCAAGACUCUCAACAACCAACCAGAGACCGCCGAGUUCUUGGACGCAGAAGAGGAGUUCGACGAAGAUGGCGAGACCGAAGCCAAGGACACCACCAAAGAGCGAUCCGAAGUGGGCACGAUUCGAGGAGUGUUUGGCUUGGGUUCGAGGACGUCAUCACGGGCAAGCACGCGACAGUCAUAUCGCAUGGAUGGUGAGGAUGCCUCCUCUGCAAUGGAGGCUCGCCUUCAGCAGACUUCGGCUGCUCGCAAGCGUCUUUCUGAACUCAGUAUGACUGACGUCGCAGAUCGACACCUUCGUGACAAGACGGAUGCGAUCGCGUACAUUAUCCGCAACAUCUCCGAGCAAUGCGCCGCCGCCGUCGAAGGUCUCGAUCUCGCACGCCGCGCCGACACCUCGAGUGCUGCCAGUGAAGGUGGUGACGACGAGGAGAAGACUGAGUCGAGGAAGAAGCGUGGGAAGAGGCCAGUCAAGAAUCUCACGCCAGACUCUGCAGAGGGUGAGCAAGAUCAGCAGAGCGUUGCUGGGUCAGAGUCCGAGUUUGGAGAUGGCCGGACGGAGAGCACUGAUUCUUACCUUCACCCUAAGAGGGCAUCGGUCGUGCCACCAACUCCAGACCUCGUCCACGAUCGAAGCUCUACCAGCAUGAGCAUCGGUAGUGAGAGCACAGCUGCCACGCCGCAGAGACACAGCCUGCAGAGCCAGUACAGCAAGAACCACGAGGACAUCCCAGAGGUGCCUACGCACAUCGUCGACCACGAGCACGGUCACACGCUGGAGGAGGUACCGGAGGAGCCAGUAACCAAGUUCAGCACCAACGGUCUGGAGCACCGCCACGACCAGUCCCAGCAGGCGUGA